UCAUUUCUAAGAUACCAUAAUUGCAUCUAAACAUGACACGUUCAUAUAAGAAUCACACUUUAUCUCCAAAGUCAUCCCAUACUACUUCUCUAAAUGUCUUGAAGCAGACAACCGAAAAGAUCAAGUUGGUAACUCGAAAGAAGUCUAGCUACAAGCAUGUCCCACAUUCCAUGAAACCUGCACACCUUGUGGCCAAACGAAAUGCCCGGGAGAGACUCAGAGUACAAGCCGUCAAAUCAGCUUUCAUUCAGCUCAGCAAACAUGUACCGAGCGAUAGUCGACACAAGAAACUCUCCAAACUCAAAACUCUAAGACUUGCCAUUUCCUACAUAAACAAUCUACGAGAACUCAUCCAUAACCAUGAUCAACAUUUUACAAAAGGUCAAAGUUCAUCUGAUAUUUCUGGCAAUACCAAAAAAUCAUUCAACACAGGAAUGAUAAAAGAUUGUGAACAAUGUCAAGCUGAUUCCCAAUUGGGAGAUAUACGUCUCAUUGAACGUAACCAUAACUUGUAUGGACAAGAAAUAAAUAGCAAGGAUCCCAAACAUGUAGUCCUAAUCUAG